UCAUAUCGUAGUAUCGUGAGGAAAAAACCCGGUUAGAAACAAACCAAAACAAUGUCGUCUGUCCUUCGGCUGUUAGUUUACAUAAGAGAAAAAACCUAUUGACUAAAGUCACCUAGUCCUUGCGGCACGAAAACAGGACCGGAUUAGGAAAAGGACAAAAUAACGUUGACCGAGAAGUGAGAACGUUUUAUCGAGAGUCAGAGUUAGUAGAGACGCCGAAGAGUAGAGUUGUAGAGUUGAGAGAGUUGCGGAGUUGCCUGAGUUGCUAGCGUUGUUGAGAGAUUGAGUUGUUAGAGUUAUAGAGUUGCGAGAGUGAUUUGAGUAGAAGUAGUAAUUUUUAUUUAUCUUAACUAAAUAGUAUUAGGAGAAUUUUACAAAUCUAAAUUAUCCUAAUCCUAUCCUUUUCCGAUACUACAAUAUUUUGUAGUUGUCACGAAGACUGAUGCCGCGACGAGGCCCUCGUUAUGUUAUCUGACUGUCUUCUACGUACGUGUACAUGCGUUUGUACGUCGGGUGUGGUCCAUUAGUAUUAUGUUUAUGUUGUUUACGACAUCAGUCGACCUCCGCAAAUAUGUGGCCGGAUCUCGAAGAGCGUAGCGUAGGCGUAGUUCGAGUAACUUUUAGUAUCUCUUUUCUUUUUUUUUGAAAACGUUAUGCUGGCCGCAGCGUCUUGGAAUUCUUAACUAUGUUUGCACUGUUGUAACAUCAUAUAGGCGUUAAUCAUCAUGUUUAUAUAUACAUAUAUAAUUCUCUUAGAAACAAUAAGAACAAGCAACUUUUGAAAUAUUUGUAAAUUAAUAAUAAUAAUAAUUUGGAGACAUAAUUUCUAUGUGCUCAAAUGCUCUAUAUUUGAACAUAUUUUCUACUUUUCAGCCACUCUUUGAUAAACAAAAUUGACGAUAAAUAAAUUGACGUACCAAGCUACCUUGCGUUAGUUUCUAUUUUGGUUCGAGCGUCUACCUACGAUCAUUACGCUUUUACAUCGUUCCACUAUUUUUCCUCGUUUAUCUUCUUUUCGCCAGAUAGUUGGAGUUUCUCGCGUACACAGGUAUCCUCCGAUUGUUCGCGAUUUUGCCGAGCGUGGCUCGCCUACGCGGGAGUGUUGUCACUUCCUACGUGCGUGCUUGGCGAUUCUCGGUAGCUGGAGAACAAACGGCCAUGAAAAUGAACGAGGCUCGAUAUCGGGGGGCUCUACAACGACACAACGACCAGCAUCGCCUACAACUCGAUGAAGUUUCAUGCUGAUUUUCCAUCGAACGAUGAUCAACAGCGAGAAAUUUGCUUGAGAGACGUACAAGAGAGCGAGCUCUGUUUUUCGAUACAGAUUGAACCAUUCUUCAUCAACAAUGUUCUCUUUAAUUAACACUGAAACAAGAUUGAGAUUUUAUCGUUUUCUUCGUUUAAUUUAAAAUAUUUAAUUAUUAUUUUGAAACAACCUGUAUAACGUAACUUUGCUUGGGAUGUAAGAUACACGUGAAUCUUGAAAUACUUCAAGACACCUUAAAAAAUGAAGAAAUUAGCAGAGUAAUUAGGAGGAUUGGAGAAGGCGAUAAUUCCUAUUACUAGCGAUUUAGCUAGAGAAACGUUCAAAAUUCGUUCAAAAUUAGGUUUUCUACUACUCUUAAAGCUGCCGAUCUUCCUAUAAAUAACUGUACAACUACUUAAAGCUACUACUAUGAAUCUUCGAACUAGAAAAAACAAAUGAAAAGGUCAAGGAAAAGGUCGUACUACGCAGAACCCGAGACUCGAGGAUUCAUUUCUGCAACUUAGCUGCAAUUGCAACCACUACAGCAAAAGCACAACGAAGCAUUCUACUUGCCUUUGCUGCGUGUCGUCGUCGACAUUGACAAAUAAUUUCUCGGACACGUUGUUGCCAUUACGCUUCAGAGCCAGGAUGCUCGCGAUACGCAGCACAGGACAAUCGGGUUCGUUCGAUCAUUUGUCUGGCUACGUCCGGGUCAUUGUGAGUAGUAGCCUUGGCAUGGCGACUUUAUCGUGACAAGGGAGGAUUCCCGGAUAACCGGGGAAAGGGCCACGGUAGCCGAACAAUUUUAUCGUGUUGUAAGAUAGCAGGACCAAGGAUGGUCGAGUUGUUGCCGAGAACAAAAGACGAGAGCCAUCGAGAAACGUAAUCGUGCGUCCUAUUACGUUUGGAAAGCUAUCGAUUCGAGAAGCUCCAUUCAUUCAUAAAGUAGCUUGUAUACGUACUUGAUGAAACUGUUAGAAAAAGUACUCUACAUUAUACUCAUAGUGUUGGAGUAAGAUAAAUCCAAGAAUAGGUAAAAGUGUGAAACGGAUUGAGUAGCAAGCUACUUUUCUAAAAUAUUCUAACACGCGCUACUAUUAAAAUAUAAUAUAUGGCAAAAUAUUGACUUUUCUUUUAACGCUAGAACCACCAAAGUAAAUAGUAUAACCAGUUUGUAAUUUUUCUCUUAGAAGUUUUCUAGAUAAAAUAUUGUUUUUCUGCUUGCAGUAUAUUCAUGUUUGCGUCACUUCCACUUUUCUUUUUCAAUUUCUUUCAUACAAUUUUUAUACUUUGCUCGCCGAUAGUUUUAGUCUUAAAGGAUGAUCUCAAACAAAUUCCAUUCUUUUUGACAAACAAUCGAGCAAAGCAUUGGUAUCCGCAGUCUUCGGUAUCCCAUUGCAGAAAACGCGGAUCUAGUCCUUGGCUGAAGCGGUGAGAAAACGAGACGCGAGGAAAUAAACGGGCAAUUGAUGCAGAAGAGGAGGAAGAAGAAGAAGAAGAAGAAGAAGCGGAGGGCGUGGCGAAAGAUGCCGGAUUCCGGAUCGAAGGAUUCGGUGAACGGAUCCGCCUGUCCUUCGACGAUACCGCUGGUUCCUGGUUCGAAGACACCGUCGCGCCGCGCCGACUCGGUUUUCCCCUCUGCUUCUGUGUAUAUAAGUCAAAACCAGAUCGGAAGCAAGGUGCACAGCCUGAACAGUCCCUCGUCAAGCAAGGAGGUUCGCACAGGGAAUACACUAACUGAUCGCACGAUGCAAUCACUGAUUCCGCUGAUGGUGGCUUUGAGCCUAGCUUCAGGAGCGCGUUUGAACCUGGUCCCGUACGCGUACUUGUCCAGCCCUGUCCCAGUGUUCAACCAUUUCCAGAACACAAGGACAGGUGAACAUGCUUACAGUUACGCUGGUGGGCCAUCCGCGAAAGAAGAAAUCAAAGACGCCGAUGGAAUUCUCCGUGGUUCCUACAGUUAUGUGGACGCCAAUGGAAUUCUUCAAUCAGCCUUCUACGUCGCCGAUGAGAACGGAUUUCGUGUAGCCGCGACGAAUAUUCCUUCGGAUGAAAAUUCCAACAGCGAAACGACUCGCAUCAUCCUCGCCAGGAGCGCAGGCAAAGCAUCUUCGACGUUUAGUCGCAGAAGACGUAGCUUAGAGGAUUCAAACCUGGAUUCUAAUGAAAAUAAUGCUAAUCGGAAUGGGCAAUCUGAGAAUUUUGAUAAGGAUAAGGAUGUCGCGCAAGAUUCGCCACAGAUUGUGUCGCAACCUCUGUUGUUGAGCAACAGCAUUCCGCUGGCGACCUCGCAUCAGAGUCAAGUUCAAGUGCACAGCAGCGCGCGAUUGGACGUGGCGGAAGGCGAGGCCAAGGCGAAACCGGUUGACCUGCAGCCGAUCCUGCCGGUGCAGACCAUAUUGGAAGGGUUGCCAGUUCUCGCUCGUGCGCCUACCUAUCACGAGAACCGCAUAGAAUUGCACAAGCAGUUGGGAAUUGAGGGGCCCAGGCCUAAAGAUGCGGUUAAGAUAAACCCAGAGCCAUUGACCAUCGUCCGAUCUUCUCCGCCGGCUAAUCAUAUUGCUUCUACCAUUGUUUCUAGGGGAACUGUUGCUGCGGUGCCUGUCAUCGCCGAGCAAGCUAUACCUGUUAUCCCAGCUGCUGAAAUUGACACCGCGUCCGUAACCACGUCCAUCUCUAGUCACGGUGUCAGUCAGAUUCAUGGACCAUGGAAAAUCACCGACGGAGAUGUAUCUAUCCCCGGUAUACCAAGCGUCGUUGCUAAAGAAAGUAUUCCCGUAGCUGUGGAGAAGAAGAACGUACCAAUUACGACUGCUGGAAUUGUUAAAGAGGCUGUUUCUGUGAUACCAAUUUCCAAGGAAGCUGAUCUGGCUACAGCUACGGUUACUACAUCCGUUUCCAGUCAUGGGAUCAAUCAGAUUCAUGGCGAUUCCAAGGUGAAUGUCGAACCUGCGUGGCUAGUUAAGGCUACACCCAUUGCUCAGCUUCAUCCCGUUGUCAACGUUGUACCGAUUUAUCUUCGUUAGAAUGAAUGAAAAAGGAAAAAGGUGUUGAUCGAAACGAACUGAUCCGCGAAACGAGUAGAAAUUAGAUCGGUCGUCGGUGCUGACGAACAGAAAGCGAGAAUGUGGAUCGACGAUCGAUCUAUGGCUGAUUCUAUCGGCGCCUACUGCGUUUUUUUAUACUUUGUCGCCUUUUCGCUCUAUUUAGCGUCGGGAAUCACUUUAACGAUUGAUCGUUCUUCAUGAUUGACAAUAAAAAUGAUUUCUCGCGCGUAAAAUAGUUUUUCGUUCCUGCUUUCUGAUUCUUCGCAUCCCUUGUCUACCUCUUUCGAACGAGCUUAUAUCGUAAUUUGGACAUAUUUCAAAUCGAAUUGGAAAGUUUUCCAGUUUCAAACAUUGUGUAUUUGUGAAUUAAAGAAAAAGAAAAUGAAAAAAUUAAAAAUG